UUGAGAGGGUUGGUCUCAAUUAAUGUGACAGUGACGGGGGGCGGAGCGAGGGUCGGGCAGGAAAAGAAGAGAAGAAUGGUAGGAAUACAAAACACUUUCCUAAAGCAUCCUUGCUCUGUUCAAAGCCCAAACAACGAUCUUUGACGCACGGAAUAAAAGCAGGAAUUGUCAUAAACGGAGUUGAAUGGUUUACAACGGCUGACCUGAAGACCUAAGCAGAUGAGCUAACGCGAGCUAAGGUUUCCCAGGGACGGGAGAGGCUCGACCCGGAGACAACGAGCCCCCGAAGAGACUCGCACACCGCAUGAACUCGACAACUAACCCACUAAUAGAGUAGGAGGACCGCGUAAAGAUCAGCCUUUACUACGAGCCUCCCUGGAGCCUCUUGCCAUGAUGAUGUAUUACUUUAGUAGAUUUGUAAACACGUCCUCCUGGCUGCAGAUCGACAGAGACCUGCCUGGAGGAAGGGCACAACUCGUGGAAAUAACUCUUCAUUUUCAUUUUCUAUAGAUCGUGAAGUCUAUGCCCUUAAACAAUGAUUAUUUCCCUAUAUCUCAGUCGUUCAGCUCAGUCUGUGCGCACACGGCAGGCAAACUUCUUGUGUGGCGUUGAAAAGGUGGCUGGUAUCCUUAAGAAGCUGUUCCCGGAGGUGUUCGUGCCCACCGUGUUUGAAGGCUGGGUCGGUGUUUUCGAAGUGGACUCGAAGCAGGUGGAGCUCGCUCUGUGGGACACAGUUGGCCAGGAGGACUAUGAUCGCGUGAGGCCCCUGGCCUACCCAGACACAGACGUCAUUUUCAUAGAACAUCCCUGAGAAGUGGACCCCAGAGGUGAAACACUUCUGCCC